AUGAGGAAAUCAAAUCCCAGUAGGAUGAUCAUGGUACGCCCUACCUUUCCACAAUGCUAUUGGGAGAAUGAAAAACCUAACCAACUCCCAAAGACACAUGCUGUGGCAAUUGUGACUGGUCCAUGGAAAGUAGGUGACUUGAUCGAUUGGUGGUAUACUGAUUGUUACUGGACUGGGAAAAUUAUUGAGUUACUUGGUGAUGACAAAGUAAAGAUAGCUUUGCAUGAAGAGCCAAUUGGUGAAGGUGGUUACUAUGAUGCUGAUUGUAAGGAUCUGAGGCCGGCCCUUGAUUGGUCCCUUGAAAAAGGUUGGAGUGUGCCUGUUUCACAGGACAAUGGGAAGUGCUGGUACACCGCUCAGUUGAUUAUACAGAGAUCAGGUUCAGGGAGUAGCACCUCAGAUGACGACAUUGAGCAACCUUGUGGUGGUGAAGAGGAAGUACAAAAAUGCUUAAAUGGAUUCUCUGAUGUGCCUGCGGAAGCCGUAGACACUGAUACAAAACUUUCGGCAAAAAUCAAUGACAAAAUUUUCAUGAACAAUCAAGGAGAUGGUAAAGUGGAAUCACCAAAAUGUCUGAAUGGAGCAUCUGAACUGCCUCAGGAGGCUACCAAUUCAAAAGGAGAACUUCCACCUAACCAAAAUGUCAAUUGCUGCAUGAAAAGUGGAAUGGAGAAUCAUAUUGCUAAGCGAGGUGAUUCUCCUGAGGCCCUUUUGGAUGAUCAAUCAGGUCCAAUCUCUCUCAAGAGACAGAAAACUUCAUCUGAACCUGCUACAGAGGUGCCUCCUGAUACUCUUGAUGAUGAUAUAAUGAAACUGGAGAAAGUAGCAAACAAAAUCAGACAUCUUGAAAGUCUCGUGCAAUCUGUGGGAUCUCCGCCAUCAAAGGUGGCGAAGUCCUCUUGGAAGUUUCUGGAGGACACAUCAGCAAAACACAAGUGA